GUUCAUGCAAAUAUAACAGACGAGUUUCAGAAAAGACGUAUUAAGUUACACGCAUGACAACAUCUCGUCCUCUCAAGCGUUACAUAUUGGCUAAGGCCAUUUCAAGACAUGCGAGUUAGUCGCAAUGUUCGACAAAUAGUUACUUCGGAGUAAUAUUACAGUUUAAAGGAGAGAGUGGCAGCUCGAACCCGUACAGAUAAGGCAAUGCCUCAAAUCACAGCCGCAGCGAUAAUGCAACUCACACUGCUGCUGUCUGCGCUACCCGCGCAAUAUCUCAUCUCCAAAUGGACUGGCGGUUCUGCGGCGCAGCGUCUCCAUGCCACGAAGAGUGUUUUAAAGGCAUGGGGAGAGAUAAGAAAAUCAUACCUAAACCUAACUGCGUGGAUCGACUGGAUGAGCAGUCGGCUGCCAAGAGUGACGUUCUUUGGUGCGGAAGAGGAAGAGACCCCACCUGGAGAACCACUCCCGUUCGAAAUGAUGCUAAACGACAACGACUUUGGAUACUUUGCAGCCUCUAAUGAGGUGCGUAGUCCCAGGCCAGAGUAUGUGCUACAUCGUGUUGGAGAGGUUAUCAUGGAGAAGAACAGCCACAUGGUUGGGGUAAUUGUGGGCUGGGAUGCAGAACUCAGAGCACCACCUGAGUGGAUCAAGAGAGAGGGAUACACCGACUCAGAGCUGAAGAGAGUGCAGAAUUCUCCUCACUAUAAAGUUUUGUUCAGUGGUCCUGAUGAAUCCUCUCUAAUGGUAGGAUAUGUGCCACAGUCACGAGUGCAGCUUCUGGAAGGAUUCAUGCCAAACAUUCCCAUGUUGCAACAGUACUUCACGCAUUUUGAUGGGAAGAAGUUUGUCAUGCAGGAAUGGCUUGAGAAGAUUUAUCCUGAUGACUAAGAGAGAAAGAGUGAGUGUUUAUGUGUGUAUGAGAGAACAGGCUCAGGAUUGUUCUCUGACAGCAUGCUUCUCUGUAAUCUGCUGGCAGUCAAAGAUGUAAAGCAGAGACUAAGCCAAAACAAAUAAGCCUUUUUAUCCAUUAUGCUAUGUCCUAAAUGACCAGUAUUAUUGAAACAGCAGGGAGCCAGCAGACAUGACAGCUUAUGCAAUUGGUCAGUGUGUGCACUGAUACUACAGUAUUACUGGCAAUUUUGGGACAUUUAAGGAUCAGUGUCAGAUCUUGAUUUGAAAGCUGUUAAAACAUGCUACUGAAAAAAAGAGGAAUGAAAAGAAACCUGUUCAGUGAAAGACCGUUUCUUAAUGAAUAACGGCUUCAAUGAAUAACCAUGUUUAUUUCAAAAUAUGUUUAUAGAGAGUUGUGUAUAUUGCAAACCAAAAAGGUGCUGUUUACAAUGAAUGAGUCAAGUCAAAUAAUUGCUGUUUUAAGAGACUGUAUAAAUAUAAAAAUUCAGAUUAAAGGUCCU